CUCUCACCUAAACAUAGAAAACAGAAAAACCAAACAGUUUACUUGCACCAUGCCUUACCAAAUCCAAACCCUUCAUUCUGCUUAUAUUCCAGUUGCCUUCUCCCACCUUUCUGCUUAAACAACAAGAAGUUGGAGAAGAUAAAGAAAGGAUUGUUUGUUGUAAGCUUUUUUAUUCUCUUCUACUACAUAUUUGAUGGCUGCGGAGAGUGUCGGUUCAUCAAUGACACCGGAAAUUCCCGGGAUCAAUGGCGGUGAUUCGAGGAGGAGCUCGUUAUCAUGUGCUGCUAACAACAAAGAAAGAACACGUUCUCUUUAUCGCCGAGCUUCAACCGGUUGUUGUCAUGAUAUCUGCAAACCGGAGAAGAAACAUGAAUCCGAAGAGAAGGCGCCUAAACUUCCCUUUCCAAAAAGGAUCACAAAAAAGGCAUUCGAUGAACCAAAUUUGUUUGAGAACUUAGAGUUGCCACCCAAGAAAAAGAUCGUCAAGCCGGAAACGUCGACCAACUCACCGAGUGGAAAAGAAAAGGCAUCAAUGGAAAAGGUUAAGGCCAAAUAUCCCCCUAAUUCUAGAAGGCAUUCCAUUGAUAUCACUGAUGUUGUUAACUUUGAGGAUAAAAAGACAUCUAUGACAAAGCUUAAAUCUUCACCAAAGUUGAAACCCGACGUGUUCGAUGCCGGUAAAGUCGUGAAACAGGACAGAUCAUUACCUUCGAAGAAAGUUCCAUCAAAAGCUAAUGAGAGAAGUUGUUAUAAACGUUCUAUUACUUGUUUGAAACCGAAAAAUCAGGCCGAAAGAAAGAGUGGAAUCGAUGAUAUGAAGACGGGAAAAAGGAAUGUAAUAAAGGAACUUGCAGCAUCACAAAAAGCUUCUACAGCGGGAGCUACGAGCCUUACUACAAGAAAGUACAGGAAUUUGAAAGUUGUACCUAAGCAGAAGGAUCGGAACAAGGUCGAAAAUGGCGAAACCGAGCAACUUCUCGAUGAACACGACACGCUCCAGGAGAAAACCUUGUAUGUUAUCAAGUUGGAGACAGAAAAUAUGAUGUUGGAAUCCGAUAAAAACGAAAAUUGUGCUGCUGAAUUGUCUCCACCUAUUGUAGAUGAAUCCGGAUAUGCUGUGACCAAAGUUGAUCAUGACUCUGUCCCUGAAUACGGUGAAGAUAAAACCGUAAAUACGGAAGCGGCGGACAAUUCGAGCAAUAAUGGUCCGUUGCGUCUCAAGUCCGGUCAAGGAAGAGAAACCGAUGGUGACACAAAUGACAUUGUUUCAAGACACAAAUCUGUGCAGGGGAAGAUAGAUGGAAAGAGUUUAUUCAAUAAUGUGAUCAAAGAAACCGUGAAUAAACUUGUCGAAACCCGGAAAAAUAAAGUUAUGACCAUAGUUGGUGCAUUCGAAACUGCGAUCUCCCUUCAAGACUCCAAACCAUUAUCGAAUGUUGCCAGUUGGUGAGCUAAGGAUGAUCUUAAACAAUCGAUUUAUAGUAUGAUAUUAAGAGAGUAAAUUGGUUAUGGAGCUUUGGUCUGAUUUUUACCAUCUUUGGAAAUGGUUCAUCUUGUGUAUAUUGAUCUUUACAUGUUAUUAUCGUGGAGUUAUAUGAUGUGUAUCAUAAGUAAAUAAAAUAAUACUCAAAGUCAAAAUUUUUGUAAAAAAGUAGAGAUAAAAUUAUAAAAUUUUGGAGAAAAUAAUACUA